AUAAUCCUGUUUGUCUUCAUAAUCUUGCUACUGAAGACUAGAACUAUAGUAAAUGGAGCCCUAAAGAAGUGUACAAUGUGAAUGACUGCGAUAAUGUUGCAAUGUAUUGAUUAGCCUAUCAGAUCCAAAGUCUACCACGGAGUUUGGGAAUGACAGUUAGCGUUGACCAAAGAAGACGGUGAUAGAGCUGACUAGUUUGUGGGUUUUGAAAGGCGGUUUGAUGCUGUCAAACGGGACCAAAAAAUACUAUUUUGACAAAAAUCUUAAACGGUUAUUGUUCUGCUGGUUUCCAGAGACACCUUGUGGUAGAUGUGAAGAUUGCGUUUCUUAUUUUCAUUCAAGACGAAGUGGAACUUCGAGGGGAAAACUCAGAGAUGAUCUGAAGUUCUUAAAAGUACUUGACAUCGCUAUGGAAACAGAAUUAUUUGCCGGUAUUCCGAAGAUUCCUUAUAUACCCAACGCUGGAGCUCGAAACGUCUUGUGUUUCCAACACUACAAUGCAGAAGAAGUGCUGCUGGGCAGACGUAUGGAGGACUGGCUGAGAUUCUCCGUCUGUUACUGGCACUCCUUCUGUGGGACUGGUGCCGACCCUUUUGGGUUCCAGACACAACACAGACCCUGGAAUGAGGGUGCUACCCCCAUGGAAUGUGCCAAGAAGAGACUCCAUGCAGCCUUUGAGUUCUUCACCAAACUUGGUGUGAAGUACUACACCUUUCAUGACAGGGACAUGUCCCCUGAGGGAAGCACUCUGGAGGAGUCCAACAGCAACCUGGAUGAGAUGACAGACCUGGCCCUGCAGCUACAGAAUAGGACUGGGGUCAAGGUGCUGUGGGUCACCUGCAAUCUGUUUGCUCACUCAAGGUCUGCUUUCCUCAUCAACCUUAAGUACAAGGAGAAGAUAGGGUUGAAGUGCCAGUUCCUCAUUGAACCCAAGCCUAAAGAGCCAUGCAAACAUCAAUACGACUAUGAUGCAAUGAGUGUCAUAGGCUUCCUGAAGCAUUAUGACCUGGACAGCCAUUUCAAACUGAACAUCGAACCCAACCACACCACUCUGGCUGGGCAUUCCUAUGAACACGACGUCGUCAUGGCCUCUGUGUUUGGCAUGCUGGGCUCUGUGGACUCCAACACGGGUUCUCCUGACCUGGGCUGGGACACAGACCAGUUCCCCAUGGACAUCAGGCGGAACACCACCAUGAUAAUGAAGACUGUGAUAGAGCAGGGUGGUCUGCAGCCGGGGGGUCUGAACUUCGAUGCUAAGGUGCGUAGGGAGUCCACAGACCUGGAGGACCUGUUCAUAGCCCACGUCGGAGCCAUGGACGCCUUCGCACGCGGCCUGAGGAACGCAGUCAGGAUCAUAGAGGAAGGAGUUAUCACCAGCAUGGUCAAGGAGCGCUACAUGAGCUUCAGCCAUGGGAUUGGUCAGAAAGUAGAGGAUGGCAGCACCUCAUUGGAGGAGCUGGAGGACUUUGUCAAGCAAAAUGGGGAGCCCAAAGUCACAUCAGGCAAACAGGAGAAAUAUGAAACGGUCUUUAACCACUACCUUUGAAGACAUGUGGUGAAGUCUUGUUUGACCAUGAAAUCCCUUGUCCUGAGUGGUAUAGUGUCCAUCCAGACCUUUCAUAAUAGUAUGCUUAGAGAGUGAUAUAGUUUCACAUGACUAACUAUUAUUACAGUUAUAGUAUAAAGAAUUAAUCAGUGGAGUCUUGUGAAUGUGGACUAUUUUAAUACACACUCCUGUAAUGUUGACAUAUGAUUAGAUUAUGAGGCCAUCAAUGGUAAAGACCAGAAAUAUGAAUUUAAUUUAGUAUAAAUUACAAGGCAUUUCAAAUACUGAAUUAAGGAAUUAACUAAUUGAUCAGUUUUUCAUACUGGAGUUGAAUAAAAAGAAGCAAACCC